AUGAGCAAUAAGGACAUAUCACCGCCCGCUUCCUUAUCUGACGAGGGUACGCGGAGCACUCUGCAUGAGCCCACGACAGAAUCAGUUCAGAUAUCUCCAUCCGCUUCCACAAACAAAGUCAACAAUGACCUCGAGAAACAAGAUCCUCAACCGGAAGUGCCUACACCCACUCCCCAAGUCGAUUCAGAUCUGAUCACUUGGUCUGGAGCAGAUGACCCAAAGAACCCCCAGAACUGGUCUUUCAAUUACAAGAUCUGGGUCACAGCGGCUUGGGUCUAUUCAUGUUUCGUCACGACUGUUGCGAGUAGUAUCUUUAGCAGCGGUGCUGAAGUGAUCAGUGCUGAUUAUCAUGUUGGUACGACAGUGGUGACACUCGGUGUCAGUUUGUUCCUGGUGGGGUACACAGUCGGUCCGCCUUUAUACGGGCCAUUGUCCGAGCACUACGGACGCAAAAUGCCAUUGCUCAUUGGUAUAACACUAUUUACAGUCUUCAGCAUUCCUGUCGCCGUAGGUAAAAAUAUAGCUACCAUACUCGUUGGUCGAUUCUUCCAGGGAGCCUUCGGCGCGGUACCCCUGGCUCUGAUAGGGGGAGGCCUGGUGGAUAUUUGGAACCCUCACCAGCGUGCCAUAGCAGCGACCGGUGCCAUUGGCACGUUAUUUUGGUCACCGAGUCUGGCGCCUGUUAUGGGUAAUUUCAUGACGGAGACCAUCGGGUGGAGGUGGAAUCAGUGGCUGAGUUGUAUUAUGGGGGGUGUUUGCACCAUUAUAAUACUCUUCUUUUUCCCGGAGACGUAUACCCCGUUGCUUCUACGUCAAAAGGCGGCAAAGGCACGCAAGGAAGGGAACCCUAAGGCGAAAUCACAGUACGACGGCCAGGUCUCGUCAUUCCAAGACGUGGUGAGAAUAUACUUGAUCCGAGGAUUCGUCCUUCUUGGUACCCAACCCAUUCUGCAACUUAUUACGCUAUACCAAGGUUUUGUCUAUGGGAUGUCGUAUCUCUUCUUCGUAUCCUAUCCUAUCGCAUUCCAAGAAGACCGACAUUGGAACCUGGGAAUCAGCUCUCUCCCAUUCUUGGGCAUAGUGGUUGGUGUUCUCAUCGGUUGCGCUAUCGUCGUCUUCACCAUUCAACGCUCAUUUAAACACCUUAAAUUCGAUGCAGAUGGGAAACCAGUCAUUGUCCCAGAAGACAGACUCCCGAUUGCCAUCUUUGGUGCCUGUUUGAUUCCUAUCGGGCUGUUCAUUUUUGCCUGGACCUCAAACCCCAAAAUACACUGGUCCGGAAUGGUGAUCGGCAGCAUCCCCGUCGGUGCCGGCUUGUACAUCGUCUUCCUGCAAUGCUUCAACUACAUCAUCGACUGCUACAUGACAAUGGCGAAUAGUGCAUUGGGCGCAAAUACCUUUGUACGAAGUUUGUUUGGAGCUGGAUUUCCCCUGUUCGGACCCGCCAUGUAUCACCAUCUAGGUGUGGCUUGGGCGACAAGUGUUUUGGGUUUCAUAAGUAUUGCGAUGAUUCCGAUUCCAGUACUAUUUUGGAAGUAUGGAGCACAGAUCAGGGCAUGGUCGAAGAAGUGA